GCGCACGCUCGGCCAUCUCGACUCCGAAUUUCGAAAGGCGAAUCUCGCGAUCGCGGGUUUAACAUGAUGAACGAAUAAGUUACGGUUCCGACGCUUCACACAUGUUCCAUAUCAUCGCUUGCUGUCCCGCGAAGCACCUCGAACACUCGCUUACAAGCGAAUACGCAUUCGCUUUUUCGAAUACCGGCACCGUCGACAUCGAAUACGCGUGGCAGAUAAAUAUGGACGAGCAGUACCCGGUGAGAUCGGUCGCGAAUUAUUCGUCAAGAUCGCGAAGGAACGAUGCUCGAUCCAAAAUUACCUCAUUAACGUCUCACGAACAUCGUCAACGACACAAUCCGAGUUUCGUCGGGAGCGUAAAAUCGAAUCGUCGACAGCUCCUGUCGUCUCGAGACAAUCUUAUCGAGGUGAAACCAACUGCUCGCCAAUGCGGUCCAUCCGAUCUCUUUAGCAGCAGCGCCGGACUGACGGAAAGAAGUAGCGACAGCUGGUUAGAGAGCGACGAUCUUCCGUUUGGAAUUUAUCCCGAAAAGGGAAUUUUAUCGCCGGAUGAAUCCGUGGAAUGCGUUUUGCGAUUCUCCCCCGUGGAUGUAUUCGACUACAAGGCAUAUCUUACAUGCAAAAUGGAGAAUCUCGAUCCGGAGCUGCCGGAGUUGGUUAUUCCCAUCGUCGGAAGAAGUUUGUUGCCGUACUGCCACUUCGACAUACCGGAAAGCGACUAUCUGCUCGGUGAUAGACGCGACGCGAAACUGCCAGGACCCAUCGGUUACCAACCGGAUGAUAAUUCUCUUCCGGAGGGUACGAGAGUGAUUGAGCUCGACGUGAUCGGAAUCGGCGGGUCUCACGUAAUCAAGUUCCGAAUGAUAAAUCCAACGUCGGACGACUAUCAUUUCGCUUGGGAGGAUCGUACCCGUCACGCCGAAGGCGAGAUCCCGAAAUUUCAUUGUACACUUCCGGAAGGAAUCGCUGAGCGAGGAAAACAAGUCGACUUCGCGUUUACGUUUCUCGCGGAGGACAUCGGCAUUUUCGAAUCCUUCUGGUUGUUCCGUGUCGAAAAAUACAAUCUGGAGUGUUUCUUUCUGUUCGUCGCAACGGUCAGAGAACCGUCGGUUUGCUGUUCGCUUGCCCAUCUAAAAAUGAGACCAACCGUAUUGGGGACCAAUGUGCGAGGUUCGGUAAGCAUAAUUAACAACGAGGAAUUUCAGAUUUCCUUUCACAUCGCGCGAGAUUCUUUAUAUUCCGAAGGGCGGCUUCAGCAUUUAAAGAUAACGCCUAUGAGUGGCAUUUUGCCAGCGAAAAGCGAGCAGAUAUUUUGGAUCGAGUAUCAGCCUACGCUUGUUGGCGAAUUUCAAUUUUCUGUAAAAUGCGUUGUAAAAAGAAUGAAGGCAUUAUUGACUAUAUUUGUUACGACGACGACGUACGAUAUUAUCGUUUCCGUUACGUACGUCGAUCAGAACGGCCAGAUAGCGCGAUUAAAUCAGAAUAAAGAAAAUAUUAUCGACUACGGGAAAUUGAUGUUAAAAACGCCCGUUACUAUCACGUUUGAAAUAAUAAACUCGAGCAAGAUGACGCUUUACUACUCUUGGGACCUCGGCAUGACAUCGGAAAUAAUUAGCAGAAAUAUGUACACGAUUGCAAUGCCUCAAACGCAGGAUCACGUGCUUAGCGAGUCGCGUUCCAACUGUUCUCUCAUUGUCACAGCGUUACAAAAGACGGUGAUAAAGAAUCAUCCCAUUCUUUUGAAGAUUUCUAGAGGGCCGACCUACCGACUAAUCUUGAAAGCAACAGCGAAUAAACCGAUUUUGGAGUUCAGUUUUAAUUAUUACGACUUUGGACCGUGCUACAUUCGAAACGUCACUCCGUAUCACAUCGACUUACGCAUCACGAAUUCAGACGAUGUUCCGUACAUAUUAGAAUGCAAAUUUGAGAAGAAACCACACAUCUCUGUAAAUCUAGAUGCCCUUUCAGAGACAAUAAUCGCUCGGUCAAGUAUUAUCGUUCCGAUAACAUUCCGACCUUUGGAACAGGUGCAUUAUCGUGAUGAUUUGCAUUUUAUAAUCAAUUCGACGAUCGAAAAAAAGAUUACUAUAACUGGCGAAGGAAUUAUACAUAAGAUUCGUUUAGUAAAUCCGCGCGACAAAUCAGUGGAUCUUGGUAAUCUACCAAUUAAUAAAAUAGCAACUAAAAAAGUGCCAGUGAUCAACGACGGACGUGCUGCACUCGAGUUGAAGUUUGAUCUUAUGAAGAAUCUACCUGGAUACGAUCGAUUUCGCGAACGAUUUCAAAUUUGUCCGGAUAAGAUCGACCAAGAGAAUUCCAAAAAGGAUCACACUCGAGCAUCGAUUUCUGAAACAAAACGUUCGCAUACGCUCGACGUGACUCUUCAGACCGUCGAACCCGAUCUGUCCGAAGUUCUGGAGAUCGAGCCGGCAGAAUCGAUCGUACUUCAGCCGGGGAAAAUUGCGAAUGUCGUUGUAAAAUACAAAUCUACGCGCAGGAUGCGUCCUUUCGUCGUUAAGAUGGCUUACCAAACCAAUUCCAUGAUCCAACCGUUAUUUAUCUUGCGCGGAAGCUGUAUAGGCGCGGAGUUCCGUUUGAACAGGACUUAUGUUCCUUUCGGUAUAGUCGUUCAACGUUGUCUCAGCGAGACAAAGAUAGUGCUAUUGAACACGGGAGAUAUUGGUGUCAGAUUCAAGUGGAACACGUCGAAAUUGCCCAGUGAUUUUAGCAUCGCUCCUGCGGCUGGCUAUUGCUCUCCUGGUAUGGACGUCAACUUCGUUGUCAGUUUCCGACCUACUCAGCACGACAGUUUGAUCGAGGGCAAUGCAACGCUUGAAAUUGAAAAAUAUGGAGAUCUCAGCGUAAGAAUUACCGGAGCUAGUUGCAAGCUACCCGACCCGGUUGACACUCUGUUCUUCUCGUGUCGCGUUCGCGAGAAAAUAAUGAGGUCUCUAAACGUCGAAAACGACACCGCGACUCCUUGGAAAUUGAAACCGGAGAUUACCGGCGACUAUUUCUUCGUCGACGAGGUCUUGCACGUUCCUUCGAAAAAAUCUGCUACCUGCGCAGUCACCUACGCUCCUCUAGUCAUGAACAGCGAGAAUAAUCACCACGAAGGUACGUUGCUUCUAAAGCUGCCGGAUGACAAAGCGCCUUUGGUGUACUGUCUUCGAGGACUCAGUCUACCUCCGCAAGUUCUCCAAAGGAUUACACGUCAAUUCCCGGCAAAGACGAAGUACACCGAAUUGUUACCUGUCUACAAUUGGCUGAGCAGGCAGCAACGAUUCGAAUGCAAAAUUGUGAAUACAAACGGCAACGAGCCCGUCGAGAAUGUCAAAGUAUUCACUUUUAUCGGCAAUAGCAAGAUAGAUGUGCCGGCGAACGGCCAGCGAGAUUAUCGCGCAGAGUUUUACUCCUACAAAGAAUCGAAAUAUAAUUUUAAGGAAACCAUCGGUGUUGAGUAUCGUCCUUUACACCCUGCCGAGGAAACCGCGGUAAACUUGGACAUCAACUGCGAGGAGCUCGGACUGUUUCCCUAUGAGCUGCGAUUGCGAGCGAUACCAGCACCCGCGGAGAAAACGACUCACGUCGUCGCGGUACUCGGCGGUUCCACCACCUUCUCUCUGACUAUAAGCAAUCACGCCCGAAAGACUGCGGUGUUCGCCAUCAAGGUGAAUAACGAAUGCUUCACGACUCCGAAGAACGUCGAGGUGCCAGCUUUGAAGAAUGCUACAUUCGAUGUAACUUACGAGCCCUGCGACGUCGACAACAUCUCCGCUACUUUGACAGCCACAUCUGAGAUUGCCGGCGAAUUUGUGUACGAUAAUUCGCAAUUAAGAUGGCUUAAUCCUUCGUGA